ACCAUGAACCUCUCCGAGCAGAUGUCGAUCCUCUUCAGCUGUAACGUCAGCCAGAGUGAGAUGCCACAGCUCAACAUUGGUGCCACUAAAAGGGAGCCUCUGGCAAUCGCUGUCCCCAUGACCAUCCUCUACACCACCAUCUUCCUGUUCGGAGUCUUAUUCAAUGGGGUGAGCAUCCUGACGCUGCUCAUGGAUGCUCAUAUGAGAGCCAGCGCCAUUCGUUUCUACCUGCUCAGCCUGGCAAUAUCAGACAUUCUGCAGCUGCUGACCAUCCCAGUGACUUUGUAUCGGUAUUACUGGGAAAGCUACCCAUGGCGACUGGGGCAAUCCGUGUGCAAGGCCUACUUCAUGGUCCGCCAAGUGUAUUGUGCCACCACAAGCUGGGUCAUCAUGACCUUCACCACUGAGCGCUACGCAGCCAUUUGCCACACCAUGUGGUCUGUUUCCAGCCUGAAGAAGUCCAGGCUGCCAUGCCUUCUUUUAGUAUGGGUCAUUUCUCUGGUCUCAGCAGUGCCCUUCGCUCUGGUCUAUGACCAGGCAAGUGCCUGUAUCCUGGACUACACAGCCACCACAAGAGAAGACGCCUUCCACGUCUCCACCAUGUGUGAGAUGGUCGAGCCUGAUCCUGCACACAUCUACAAAGGAGCUUUACUCCUGAGAGCAGGAUUCUUCUUUCUGGUCCCACUGGUCUCCAUCUUCACUCUCUACCUGCUCAUCCUGCUCUACCUGAAGAGGAACGGCCAUCAGAGAAGAAACAUGGGUCUCACGCGGCAGAAUCCUGAAGGACGACGAGAUAUCCAGUGCCAUCAGAAUGGAAAGCUACUAUUAAACGAGAAGAGAGCUCUGAAACUUAUGGGGGCAGUCGUAGUGGCCUUUUUCGUCUGCAACUUUCCAGACAUUGCCUCGUCGCUGAUGCAGGUCUAUGUGGUCGUGUGGUCCGACACCGUCCUCUCUGUAUACACGAUCCUGAAGUCGUAUUUGUCGCUUCCACUGUGGUAUAUCAACGGCGCCCUGGACCCACUUCUUUUCUGCAUCUCGUCCCACAUAUUUCGCAGAGCGUGCUGGAGAACUCUGGGCAGGCUCAGGCCUUACUGCUACUGGAGGCAUUGGAGCGUGUCUAGGCUCUGGCAGAGAAGCUCUACUGAGGAAGCGAGCACCUCAGCUAGAGAGAGGAUCAGUGGUAAAUGCUCUGGAGAGCAGAUAGACAAAAAGAGAAAUAGAGUCACUAACAAAUCAGAUCAGAGCAUCAAAGACAACCAUUAA